UUCUUCUUGAGUAAACUUUCAAUUUUCAAAACAAUGGAAUGGUGUCGUGAAGGACAUGAUUUAGCAAAACAAUUUAUAUUUUUCACUAUUUAAAGUGUCGAUUUGAAAUCCGGAGCAACAAAUUUGAAUACUCCAUCAUCUGGCCGAAGCAGUGAAUGCAGUUUAAUCAUGAAAGGUGGCGAGGAAGCAAAUGACAGAACUCCUCUCAUUUUACCACGACUUGUGAGCAGACACAUCUCGGAAGAAAAUUAUGGACAAAGGACUAAUCAAAUUAGGGGGUUAAAUAGGAGAUUUAUGGCACCUUUUCUAGUUGUCGUUGCACUGGAACGAUUUACCUACUACAGCAUUAUUGUUAAUUUGUUUUUGUUUUUCUCCGACGACGUUUAUCAAAACUCUCAACAAAAAGAAAUAGUUAAAGCUGGUCAGGAUGGCGAUCGACCUACGAAUGCUAUCAUCAGUGUGAUGAUACUAAUUGGUCUGUCCUGGUUUUUUUGUAUGCUUGGUGGUUGGAUCAGUGAUGGCAAACUUGGCAAACUUAAAACCAUUAUUUGGGGCCUGGUCAUAUAUACUCUUGGAACUGGGAUGCUGCUAAUGUCGGCAUACUUUUGUAUUAAUAAAAAUUUUUUAUAUCGCCAAAAGUCUCUGUAUCGAGCACUUGUUGUGUUUGCAUCGAUUCUUAUUGCCAUAAUUGGCGAAGGCGCUCACAAGGCCAACAUCGCUGCAUUUGGUGCGGAACAGUUGGAUCGCAAGAAUCCAGAUAGCACAAGGCGUUAUUUCAAUUUUUACUACCUUAGUGUCAAUCUUGGUUCAAUGCUUGCAUUUAGUGUAAGCGCUUAUGUACAGCAGGCACAUGGCUUUGUGACAGGAUUUGCAAUUCCAUUUUCCACCAUUACAUUGGCUUUAAUCAUAUUUGUGCUGUCGAAAGAUCGAUAUAAAACACUUCCAUGUCAACGCACUGUUGGAAAGGUCUAUCAGAUCAUUAGGGAGGCUCGAAGAAACUAUAAAAGAUCAAAAAAAAGUGAUUCACCCAUCUCAAUACAGCAGAAAAUACCAUGGUUGGAAUAUGCAAAAAUAAAAUUCGGUGGAAGUUUUCUUGACUGGGAAGUUGAUCAAGUGAAAUUUUUGUUUGCCAUUAUUCCUGUCUUCAUUGUGUUGUUACCGUAUCAAACUAUCGACAAUCAGACAAAUGCUACCUUUCUUCAACAAGGUGUGCGCAUGAAGAUAACUAUAGAUAAUUUCAAGCAUUUUCCAGUAGCAUGGUUGACUUUCUUCAAUUCCGUAAUUAUCGUCAUUCUCUUGCCUUUUAUGGAAAAGGUUGUUUAUCCAUGGCUGACUAAGCGAGGCUAUAAAAUGAUCCCGCUCACAAGGAUUAGCAUUGGUAUUUUGGUGUCUUGUUUUGCGGUAAUUGCCGCUGGUUUUGUUGAGAUCUCUGUGAUGGACCGAUUCGCUCACAAUGAUACAGUUGAAAACCCCAACAUUAACAGUCGCACUUUCGUAGCGGCAAACCUCUCCGUUUUUUACCAACUUCCUCAGUAUGUACUGAUUGGCGUGAGCGAAAUAUUUGCUACAGUUGGCGGUUUGGAAUUUGCUUACAGCAAUGCUCCGCAGUCCAUGCAAGCGGUCGUAAUGGCGUUGUUUUUUGUCACCAUUUCGUUUGGCUCUUUGCUGGGGUCUGGCCUGUUGGAAAUCUUUGAGGCGAGUGGUCUUCUCAAGCGCAAAACGAAAGGAGGGAUCUAUUACGACUUAACGUAUUAUUUUUUUCUUCUUGGCGGUCUAACGCUUCUAUCCUGGAUUGUGUUCAUCUCAUACAUCGAUCACAGGCGACGGAAGAGGGCCAGGCAGCCAAAAAUUCGAUCAUUCGGAAGGAUGCGUAAUGCUGACUCACCCGAUAUCAGUAGUGUUACUGGAUGAACCUACCUCUUCUUAGUAGAUGAUAUCAAAAUAGUUGUCGUAACAAUUCCGCGAAUUAUACUGGGCGACAGGGCUGGAUUGCCGCUGUGGUUAACUUAAAACUGAUUUAGACGAAAAUAAGUGAAAUAAACAAAGUUGGCCAUAUGCCCAUAUUCAUUAUAUUGGCAAGGAAGUUGGCGCAGAAAUUGUUCCGUGGGGUGCUGAAAUUGCCCUCGAUUUGACGGGUUAUUUAUUUUUCAAAUUUGUUUUAAUAAACAAUCGUGAAGGUAAUUAAGAAUUUUCAUAAUAUCAUUGAUUAGAUUCCGAUGUAGAAAUGUGAAAUUUAACAUUGCCAAUUCUCAUUAUGAUAUGUCUUCAAAUUGAAAUGAACUAGAUGAUGUAAAUAGUUUUUUUUUUAAAUUGCAAUGACAAAUGCAACCUGGCACCCCAGCAUUUUUCCUCGGGGAGACAAAUGUUGCAUCAAUCUAUCAUGGUUUUUGUCACAUGAAGUGUUGACCUGUAUCGUUACGGAACGCUGUCUAUGAGCAAGGGCGGGCUCGUAAAAACUUGUA